GCGAUUUCAAACACCUGACCUUGAUGAAUAAACUUGUGUUGAGUUUUUAAAUAGAGGACUGUGGUGACGUCACGGCGACGUCCCAGUUCUCUUCGCCGGUGUCUCCUUGACUCCUUCCCUUCUCUCGUCUCCUCUACUUGACUCCCUGCAGAAAACAAGUGGCAGCGAGGAAGGAGGGCGGGGAAGCUAAAUAGAACGCGGCCAUCAUCAGAGUCCCCUCCCUCAGUGCCUGUAGCUCACCGCCACUGUUUGUCACCUUCUCAUCCACACUUUCUCCCCGCUUUUAGCGUGUAUUUGCGGACUGUUUUCCCCCCCUCAAACACCGCCAGAAGGACCGCUAAAAGAUGAGCGUUGAGGCGUACGGGCCGAGCUCCCAGACUCUUACCUUCCUGGACAGCGAGGAAGCGGAGCUGCUCGGAGCAGACACUCAGGGCUCCGAGUUCGACUUCACCGAUUUCACCCUGCCGAGCCAGACCCAAUUAGGCCAGACCCAGAGCCAGCUCGACCACCAGAGUAACGGUCCUGGAGGUGUGUUGCAAAACGGAGACGACCCUGUGGUUAAAGCCAGCCAGUUGCUGGCAGAGUUAAACUUCGAGGAGGAUGAGGAGGACACCUACUACACCAAGGACCUCCCCGUUCAUGCCUGCAGUUACUGCGGGAUUCAUGACCCUGCCUGUGUUGUGUACUGCAACACCAGCAAGAAGUGGUUCUGCAAUGGCCGUGGAAACACCUCUGGCAGUCACAUUGUGAACCAUCUGGUGAGGGCAAAGUCCAAGGAGGUGACCCUGCAUAAAGACGGCCCUCUGGGGGAAACUGUGCUGGAGUGUUACAACUGCGGCUGUCGCAAUGUCUUCCUGCUGGGCUUCAUCCCUGCCAAGGCUGACUCGGUCGUGGUGCUUCUGUGCAGACAGCCAUGUGCCAGUCAGAGCAGCCUGAAAGACAUCAACUGGGACAGUUCCCAGUGGCAGCCUCUCAUUCAGGACCGCUGCUUCCUGUCUUGGUUGGUGAAAAUCCCCUCAGAGCAGGAGCAGCUCAGGGCCCGUCAGAUCACGGCCCAGCAGAUCUACAAGCUGGAGGAGCUCUGGAAGGAAAAUCCCAGUGCAGCCUUGGAAGACCUGGAGAAGCCGGGGGUUGAUGAGGAGCCUCAGCACGUUCUGCUGCGCUAUGAGGAUGCCUACCAGUACCAGAACAUCUUUGGUCCUCUUGUCAAGCUGGAGGCUGACUAUGAUAAGAAGCUUAAAGAGUCACAGACUCAAGACAACAUUACAGUCAGAUGGGAUCUGGGCUUGAAUAAAAAGAGGAUUGCUUAUUUCAGCCUGCCUAAGACGGACUCAGAUAUGCGACUGAUGCAAGGAGAUGAAAUCUGCCUGAGGUACAAAGGGGAUCUGGCUCCUAUGUGGAAAGGCAUUGGACAUGUCAUCAAAGUCCCUGACAACUACGGUGAUGAAAUCGCCAUCGAACUGAGGAGCAGUGCUGGCGCUCCAGUGGAGAUCCCACACAACUUUCAAGUGGACUUUGUGUGGAAGUCCACAUCCUUUGACAGGAUGCAGAGUUCCCUGAAGACAUUUGCUGUGGAUGAAACAUCCGUGUCUGGUUACAUCUACCACAAACUGCUGGGCCACGAGGUGGAGGACGUGAUCAUCAAGUGUCAGCUGCCCAAGCGCUUCACGGCGCAAGGACUGCCUGACCUCAACCACUCCCAGGUGUACGCCGUAAAGACAGUGCUGCAGCGGCCCCUCAGUCUGAUCCAAGGUCCCCCUGGCACCGGAAAGACGGUGACCUCUGCCACCAUCGUGUACCACCUGGCUCGACAGGGCAGUGGACCAGUUCUGGUGUGUGCUCCCAGUAACAUUGCUGUGGACCAGUUGACAGAGAAGAUCCACCAGACCGGACUCAAAGUGGUGAGGCUGUGUGCCAAGAGCAGGGAAGCCAUCGACUCACCAGUCUCCUUCCUGGCUCUGCACAACCAGACCCGUAACAUGGACAGUAUGCCAGAACUUCAGAAACUUCAACAGCUGAAAGACGAGACCGGAGAGUUGUCGUCUUCGGAUGAGAAACGUUACAGGGAUCUGCGACGCACCGCUGAAAGGGAACUGUUGAUGAAUGCUGACGUAAUCUGCUGUACUUGUGUUGGGGCCGGCGACCCUCGUCUGGCUAAGAUGCAGUUCAGAUCGAUCCUGAUCGAUGAGAGCACGCAGGCUACUGAGCCCGAGUGCAUGGUACCUGUGGUCCUUGGAGCUAAGCAGUUGAUUUUGGUGGGCGACCACUGCCAGCUGGGCCCAGUGGUGAUGUGCAAGAAGGCAGCUAAAGCAGGACUGUCCCAGUCUCUCUUUGAGCGUCUGGUUGUUUUGGGGAUUCGACCAAUCCGUCUGCAGGUUCAAUAUCGCAUGCACCCGGCCCUCAGUGCCUUCCCCUCCAACAUCUUCUACGAGGGCUCACUGCAGAACGGCGUCACUGCUGGUGACCGUGUGAAGAAGGGCUUUGACUUCCAGUGGCCACAGCCCGACAAGCCCAUGUUCUUUUAUGUCACUCAAGGCCAGGAGGAAAUCGCCAGCUCAGGAACAUCUUAUCUUAACAGAACCGAGGCAGCCAAUGUGGAGAAAAUAACAACACGGUUGCUGAAGGCUGGUGCCAAACCUGAUCAAAUUGGUAUCAUCACCCCUUAUGAGGGGCAGAGGUCCUACCUGGUCCAAUACAUGCAGUUCAGUGGCUCCCUUCACACCAAACUCUACCAGGAGGUGGAGAUUGCCAGUGUGGAUGCUUUCCAAGGCAGAGAGAAGGACUUCAUCAUCCUGUCCUGUGUGAGGGCCAACGAGCACCAGGGCAUCGGCUUCCUCAAUGACCCGCGUCGUCUUAACGUGGCGCUCACGAGAGCCAGAUAUGGCGUGAUCAUUGUGGGGAAUCCUAAAGCUCUGUCCAAGCAACCCCUGUGGAACCACUUGCUGAACAACUACAAGGAGCAGAAGGUGCUGGUGGAAGGACCGCUGAACAAUUUGCGCGAGAGCCUCAUGCAGUUCAGCAAGCCCCGCAAGCUGGUCAACACCAUCAACCCUGGAGGCCGAUUCAUGAGCACAGCCAUGUAUGACGCCAGGGAAGCCCUCAUUCCCGGAUCUGUUUAUGAUCGCAGCAGCAAUGGGCGUACAUCCAACAUGUACUUCCAGACCCACGACCAGAUUGGAAUGAUUGGUAGCGGCCCCAAUCCCAUGACUUCCCUGAACAUCCCCAUCCCCUUCAGCCUUGUCAUGCCCCCCAUGCCUCCUCCUGGUUACCUUGGACAGCUCAACGGCUCGACGGCGGGUCGUGGAGGCGGCAUGAAAGGAAAAGCUGGCGGAGGAGGCAACACUCGAGGUAGUCGCCAGAGAAACCGUGGCAACAACCACAGCAGAGGGGGCCAUAUGAGUGGCAGCCAGGCCAGCCAAGACUUGGGCUCUCAGCCCUUUUCCCAGGGGCCCCUGACCCAAGGCUACAUUAACAUGAGUCAGCCGUCACAAAUGAGCCAGCCGGGGCUCUCCCAGGCGGAGCUUUCCCAGGACAGUUACUUAGGAGAUGAAUUCAAGUCCCAAAUUGACGUGGCGCUAUCUCAAGACUCCACCUAUCAGGGGGAGCGAGCCUACCAGCAUGGUGUGACUGGACUGUCCCAGUACUAGACUACUGCUGAAAGGUGCUUGGCCUAUAUGAGCUCACUUCAUCAGAGUCUAAAAUCUGGGGUGAUAACAAAAAAGGAACAAAUAAGGAUACCCGUUUUCCACCGCUACACCACUGCGUGAAAGUAACAGGAGCGAGAAAACCAAGCAAUCACAAGAGAGAAGAGCAGAGCGAGGGGGGCGGCGUGCCAGGUCUGACGGAGGAGCGAAGGCGUGCCCCGAGGCCAGCCCAGGGAGCCAGCCGGCGUCUUUGGAAUCACGGGAUCGAGACCCCUUGGCGUCUUUGAGGAGGAGAGCUCCGACCCGGACCCUCGCGUGCCCCUGAAUCCCGUCUGGUCGCAGGGAAAGAUGGAGGUGGUCUCACACGUCCGUCUUCUUAGCUAACUGUUCUACAGGAUGAGCGAGGGGAGGAGGGGGUGAUGGGGGACACACGGCUUGAAGCAACGUUUCCAACUGCCAAGUCUUUGGCUGUCCAACAACUCUUUGUCAGUGGACGUGCGUGCGUGUGUGUGCGUGGGCCACAGCGCCACUGAUCACUCACUCUUUCUCCGCCGUUUGUGGCAAGUGUCAAGGAAGUGGUGACGACGCCAUCUUUCUGGAGGUGUCUGCAAGGAUCACCUGGAAUGAGCUCUUCCAAUAGCAAAAGUCAGGUUUUUGUCUCCAACGUACGAGACCGUAGUUGUUCUUCUAAAUGUAUCCGUAGUGCCAGCAGGAGAACGAGGGGUAACCGGCGCUCGUUUUGGUGAAAGCAUGAAGAUCCUCACAGCCAUGUAACAGAAUCGCCUCAUUUAUUAAGGUAUGGGUUGAAGCAGGGGUAGGGAACCUGUGGCUCUCGAGCCAGAUCUCAGAUAAAUAUUAGCUGACGUUGCCUAACACGAUAAGUAAUUAAUAAUUCCGCUGCGUUAAAAAUAACAUUCAAUAUAUAAAACACUCAUGCAUUUAAUCCAUCCAUCCGUUUUCUACCCCACCUGUUCAAGAAGUCACAUUAUUGGUUAGAAGUAUUUCUUUAUUAUUGGUUGGCUUCAGAAUAACAAUAUUAUUAAAAAUACUAAGAGACUUAUUGUACUCUAAAAAUGUCGGUCUUACUUUAAAAUGCACGCAUUUAGUUGUCUUCAGUGUUGAAAAAUAUUAUACGGCUCUCACGGAAAUACAUAUUAAAAUAUUUGGCUCUCUCAGCCAAAAAGGUUCCAUACCCCUGUUCAAGAAGUCACAUUAUUGCUAAGAAGUAUUUUCUUUAUUAUUGGUUGGCUUCAGAAUAACAAUAUUAAAAAUAGUAAGAGACUUAUUGUACUCUAAAAGUGUCGGUCUUACUUUAAAAUGCACGCAUUUAGUUGUAUUCAGUGUUAAAAAUUAUUAUACGGCGCUCACGGAAAUACAUAUUCAAAUAUUUGGCUCUCUCAGCCAAAAAGGUUCCCGACCCCUGUUUAAGAAGUCACAUUAUUGGUAAGAAAUAUUUUCUUUAUUAUUGGUUGGCUUCAGAAUAACAAUAUUAUUAAAAAUAGUAAGAGACUUAAUGUACUCUUAAAAAUGUUGGUCUUACUUUAAAAUGCACGCAUUUAGUUGUAUUCAGUGUUAAAAAUUAUUAUACGGCUCUUACGGAAAUGCAUAUUCAAAUAUUUGUCUUUCCUGGCUCUCCCAGCCAAUAAGGUUACCGAGUCCUGGGUUAAAGACUCAGCUGCCCUAAGUUAAACAGCACUGGUCAUUUUGUUUGUAUGCUAGUUUGAAGCUGAAAUGAUACCUUUAAGGUUAAAAUAUUAUUUUUACCCAUUGUUUUAACAUUUUAGUCGUAUUAUUUCCUAAUCCAUAGUUAUUUACUUUCCUUCUGGAAGAGUUAUACAUUGAGUGAUUUCUUCCUGACUUUUCUAAUUAAGGUCUAAAAAAGUUAGUAUUCGUUUUCUGGCGAACAUACAGCAGAUUUUCUCGUGGGGUUUUAUUUUGUGUUCUGUAGGCUGCUCUACUUCUGUCUACACUCUUUCUUUUUUCUAGCUUUUGCUCACCUUCGUGGUUGUUUUGACCUGUGGUUGCUCAUCUUCCUUCUUGCACCUUGAUUUCUUUUCACAUCCGGCUCAUUCGAGUGUCGUCAUCGUCGCCUGGAAAAACUGGUGUUGCUGCGUCUAAACCGCUCUUUUAGCAACGUGUCCGCUGAGCAUGUAUGGUGGAAAGAUUCAAAUACCCUGCGAUUGCAUUGAGCUCAUUCUUUUUGCCUGACGUCACACGUUAUCGCCAUUCUUUUCCAAUAAUGGAUUGUGAUUGUUCGGCUUGUGCUCACAAAUUUGCAAUUAUUACAACAUUAAAAGUUGUUUAUUUUUUUGGUCCUCUA